AUGUCUGACGCAGGCCGCAAGUCCACUCUCGACCAGGCUCAGGAGAAGAUCACUCCCGACAGCCAGAAGUCUACCCUCGACCAGGCCAAGGAGAGUGUCACUGGCACCUACGAUCGUGCCGCUGGUGCCGCUCAGCCCAACGACCAGAAGUCGACCACCCAGAAGGCCUCUGACAGCCUCCGUGGCGGCUCCGACGAUGCCAGCAACCAGUCCAAGGGCGUUCUCCAGAGCGCUCAGGAGACCGUCGGCAACGCUGCUCAGAGCAUCUCCGACACCAUUGGCGGCAAGAAAUAG